CCGUACCUCAGUACCUGACGUGCUGACUGGGACAAGAGUAACAAGGGCCGUCCUUUCUUUCACCAGGGCACCCACUGUCCAUCCCACCUCUGCCACCCGACCUCUUCCUCUUCCUCCCACUGCGGCCAAGCCAAAGUGCCAACCUGGGAACUCCGACGACCGACCUUCCGACUCUAAAGUCCCUGCUGCGUGGAAAGCCAGCGAUUCCAUUGGGCCAAAAGGGCACCCUUACCUUACCUUACCUUACCUAAGGUAGCCGUACCUCAAACCCGCCGCUGCGCAAUCCAAUCUCGACGACGUCCGGUGGCCCAUCUCACCCUCACCACAGCCAUUCUCUCUUCCCGAGUCCAAAAACCACCACGCAUCCACGAAUCCACACCCACACACACCACCCCUCCUCUCCCCCAACACCGACAAGGAGAGAGAAAGACAGCGAGACGUACGGAGGACAGAACCCACGCGACCACUUUCGAAGCGUCCGAUACAUAUCUAUCCGACGACCGACGACAGGCUCCGGCUUCAGCCCGUCCUUUCCAUCGCUAAUUCUCCUUGCACACGAGGCUUAGAGCGCCAGCGCGCCCUCUGUACAACAGCAAUCACCGUACCUACCUUUUCCCGCUUUUGUACGUACCCUGGUCCUCUGCCUGCUGUCCUACUCCUACUCCUCCUCCCCCCGAACUCGUUGCCUCACUGCCUGGGCUCGCUGCUCCCUACUGCUUUGCUUCAUUCAUGGUGUUUCCUGUUGCUCUCCGCUUGCCUGGAAAGAGUACGCGCGUUGCGAGCUGGAUUGACUCGGAAUCCCCUCUGUCGUCUAUCGUUUCGCGGCUGGGUUUUCCCCCCCUCUGAGACUGCAUCGUCAAUUUUCGCUCAUCUCUUCCCUUCCCCCUCUAUUAUCAAUCAGCUCCUCUUUUCUGGGCCCGAUGCGCCGGCCCCUCCACUCCGCCGGCGACAGCAUCUGCAGACCUCACCACCACCACUAGCACCACCACCACCACCACCAACAAGCCCUGCUUUUCCUGCUCUGCACUCGCUUGUCAGCAAAAGCCUUCUAGACAACCUCUUUGCUGACACUUGCUCCUCGCUCAGCCGCCAAGUCAUUCAAGCGACCGAUACCCCCAAACCCGUCCUUCGCAUGCGUUGAACCUACGGUAUAGAGAAAACGACUGGCCAUUUACUACUCUCGCUACGAUUCGAUUUCUGCGGCCGAUACACGCCCUUUGUCUAUCCCACUAGGAUAUACGGAUUUCGCAUGCUCAAUCAUCGGAUUGCUGCCCAGUUGAUUGUUUUAUCGCUCUUUGUCCAUCGUCGCCGCGACUCGUCCGGCGCCGUGACAUAGACAACCCACAAAUACCGCCACCAUGUUCUGGAGAUUUGGCGGAUACGCCAACAUAUCCACCAUCGAUACUAUCCUCGAAAAGCCCGAAUUCACCGUCGAAGACCUCCUCGACGAAAGCGACCUGAUUCAAGAGCUCAAGCAGCACAACACGAAGCUUAUCGAAUACCUCCGCGAGGACAAUGUGCUCAAGACUCUGCUCGAAUAUGUCGUCGCACCCAAACUAGAGCCCGUCGCCACCCCAGAAACAGAUGAACCCGCCGAGGAGAUCAAGGGCAAGGGUCGCCUCCUUCCCUUUUCAAGACCUCGCGCCUCGUCCCGAGCUACCGAUACCGACAAUGAGGAGGAAGAGCAGGAGAAGAAGCGCAAUCGCUAUGCCUACGUUGCUGCCGAAGUCUUGUCAUCCGACACAUGGUCCAUUUACGAGGCCAUGAUGGAAAACCAAGACCUGGUGCGGGAAUUUUGGCAAUUUCUGAAGCGCCCGACGCCACUUGACCCUCUGCAAGCCAGUUACUUUACGAAAGUCAACGAGGCUUUGUUCGACAAGAAGACGGAGGAGAUGGUUAUCCUUCUCAAAUCUCUCCCCGAGGCCGUGCCCGACUUGCUCCGUCAUGUUGAGUGCCCUAUGAUUAUGGAUCUGCUUCUCAAGAUCAUUGCCCUAGACCGCACAGAGGGCGGCCAGGGUGUUGUAGAGUGGCUAUACGGCCAAGACGUUGUGCCGACUCUGCUAUCCUGCCUCAGCCCGGAGCACAGCUGGGUUGUCCAGACAGCUGCAGGCGACUUCAUCAAAGCCAUCAUUACCAUCUCGGCCAACGCAUCGCAAAACGAGCAGCAAUGCAUCGGCCCGAACGAACUCACCCGCCAGCUGGUGUCGCAACCCUGUGUGGAACAGCUGAUCAAGUACAUGUUAGGAGGUGGAAACCCGCUGACCGUGGGUGUCGGCAUCAUCAUCGAAGUCAUCAGGAAGAAUAACUCGGACUAUGAUCCAGACGUUGGCACCGAAGCCAACUCUGUUCCCUCGAGCCGAGACCCCAUCUAUCUAGGAACCCUCCUCCGCUUGUUUGCGCAACACAUUCCCGAUUUCGUCAACCUGAUUAUGAACACCCCGGUGCAGAAGGGACCGUUGGAAUCGACCUUUGGCGAAAAGAUAGAGCCUCUUGGCUUCGACCGAUUCAAGACGUGCGAGUUGAUGGCCGAACUGCUUCACUGCAGUAACAUGGGCCUACUAAAUGAAGUUGGUUCCGAGGACGUGAUUGCAGCUCGAGAUGCUGAGCGUCAGCGCUUAAGAACGGAGGGUAAGCUUACCCCAAACCGUGGAGAAGAACCGCCAUCAUCUACGGAUGACUUGACGAUGCGCAUCGGUCGCUCUUCUCCCGAGGAGGGACGUCGUUUAGAGGUAACCAAUAUCUCAGACGAUGACGGAUUCGAAGAGGUUGAGCCCAGCCGCGAAAUGAACGAGGACACGUCCCACGAGUUCGUAAAAGCCGAAGAAGAGAUUCCUGUCGCUGCACCAGCCUCGUCCUUCCUGGACAGAGAUGAAGACGACUUUGUGGACGAGCCGCUCAGCUCGCCCAGACUCAACGUCGCAGAUGACAAAAUCAAGGAACAACGAUUUGAUGACCCCGAUCUGGUGGUCGCUCCCCUUUCGCCGAGCAAGCCAAAGACUGCUUCCAUCGAUGAGACUGCUGCAGCAGCAGCGGACUCUGAAGCCAAGUCCGAAUUGGAGCCGAAGCCGGAUACUAUUGACGCCAAGAGUGAAGAGCCGGCUGCGAAAGAAUCAGAAUCUGAGAAGACUGAGAAGACUUCCGGCGCAGACGACCUGGCUGACAAGACUUCGGAUGAUGCUACCAUUAACAAGGUAGAGGAACUUUCGCUUGACGAGAAAGCUGAUCAACCGGUUGUUCCCGAGGACAAUCAGAAGGGUGACGAGUCUGACUCUUCUGUUGUCUACACGCCUAGCGUCACCGAUUCUGAGACGAAAACCGAGCCAGUAGAGACCGCACCGGCAGUGCCUGAACCUCCCCAGCACCCCGAAGACAUGCCGGCCCCUCUGUUUUCCAAAUCCACCACUGAUCCUGACGCGACUGCGGACAAAGACGAUACUUCAAAGGAGACCGAAUCCGAAGUUGAGCCAGCUCCGGAAGUUCCCAUGGCCCCUCCAGUUCCCGAGGUGCCAGAAGCCCCCGUGGCUCCAGGAACUGACGACGAUGCGACAAAGGAGGCUGGAGACCUACCGCCUGCUGUUCCCGAUCGGCCUGACCCGAACAGCGUGAAGCCCGUUGUCGGCGACUACCUCAAGGUGCAAUUUGUCGAAUACCGUGUUGUGCCUACGAUUCUGUCCUUCUUCUUUGCUUACCCGUGGAACAACUUUCUCCAUAACGUGGUAUAUGAUAUCGUUCAGCAGGUUUUUAACGGGCCUAUGGACAGAGGCUACAACCCGACCUUGGCAGUUUCACUGUUCGAGGCAGCGGAUAUCACGACCGCUAUCAUCAAGGGCCAACUUGCUAGUGACGAGUCACAGGCCAGGAUGAAGACUCGCAUGGGUUACAUGGGACAUCUCACUCUCAUCGCUGAAGAGGUGGUGAAGUUUACGGAACGUCACCCUCCCGAACUCUUGUCUGAGACUGUCCUUGAACGGGUUAUGGACCCGCGAUGGAUCAGUUAUGUGGAAGGUGCCCUUGCCGAAACUCGCGAGCGAGACAACGCCAUUCUCGGCGGAGUCCGCCCCGAGGUGGCUAUGGGUAACCGGGCCGGCAUGUCUGGCAACGGGCUGGCAGCAGUCGGUCUCUCUGGCCUGGGAUCGUCAUUUUCCAACUCCCAGAGCAACACUGGCUCCAAUGCGCUCGCUGAUGCUGGACUCAACGGCAACGCAGACCUUCAAGAAAGUAGCGGUAACGGUAUUGGGCCAUUCGCCAUCAGCUCAGGCACUCUCAUGUCUGGCUUCGGCAGCUCCAGUGAUGAGGAGGAUGAAGGGGAAGAAGAGAACGAAGACGAUGUCAACAAUGAGUUCCGGGCUUAUACCGAUCCAUUGAACAACACCUCGUCGUCACUCAACCCGCCAUCGAUCCCUCCGCCUCCACCGCCGCCGCCGCCAUUGAACAACCCUCCUUCUAGAGCGCGGUUGCAGCUUGCGGCUCGUUUGGCUAUGCACCAAAAGAACCAGGCCGCUGCUUCUCAAGAAGACGACGACGACAAGGACGAGUCUGGUGAAGGCGAGCGGCCAGAAAACCCGUUUGCCGAUGACGAAGACGACGAAGAAAAUUCGAGCGACGAGGACGACGAAGACCGUCAUGGCCCAGGAGCAGCGGCAGCUGUUGCAGGUGCCUGGGGUCAACCUGGAAGUGGGUCGUGGUGGCGAGGGGUGGGACGUCAGGGGCGGCCACGAUUUGACGGACAAGAUGAUUCGGACGAGGAAGACGAUGAUGAGGAGUUUGGUGAUUUUGCCAUGCCCGAGGUGGAGCCAGCGCCGGGUACGGAUCCCAAUGAGAAGGUGAUUCUAAAGCCUCUCGCGGUACACCCGCCGCAGGGUGCUUCAGGAGGCAAAGCCUUUAGCGGUCUGUGGCCGUUUGCAGGUAAGAAGGAUGGCAAAGACGAUGGUGAGAAGGGGCUAUCGGAAGAGACGGCGACGGGAGACGACGAGAAGCCGAUCCAGGCGGCCGUCGAGGCUGCUCGGCGGACGAGCAUUGAAGAUCCGGAUGACGAUGAAGAGGUUGUGGUGCAGAAGCCGACAAGCCUCUGAGAUGAAUAGACGCGCCCAUGGCUUAAUGCGAUGAGUAGACGGUUAGGAGUCACCGUUUUGUACAAUUACGUGUUUGGUUUAUGCUGCAUCUGUAAAGUAUGAUUGAAUGGAG